GGAAAACGCUACUCUAUUCACUCAGAGGGACAUUGACCAAGGGCUAUUGAUGCUUCAUCCACAUGCCAACCUAACAGGCAUUGAUAUGCUGAAUGACUCCUUCACUUUCUUGCUCAGGGCAGACCAUGUGCAGCCAGCAAUAGGUCAUCUACCCUUCACCAUAGUGUCACCUGACCCCUUAUGUUUGCAAACUUUUACCCCUGAUGUUUCUUUAUUAGUCACUGCAGAUAACCUUGUGACUUUAGGUCUCUCUCAGGAAAAGCCUGUGGUUUCCUCAGGACCCACAGCAAAGACAGAAACUCUAGGGAAGCUGACCCAGACCAGGCAGCAGGAAGCAAGUCCCUGGGGACGACACCCUGGUGAAGAGUCUACUCUGGAUGGCAAGGCUUCUCCAAACAGGGUCAUUUGGCCACCAGACACAACCAGUGCCAGUCCUGGGGCACCCACCCAGCCCAGGGAGAGCAGUUAUCCCCUGAUGGUCAUUGUACCCUUGGCUGUGGUGGUCUUCCUGCUGAUAAUAACUGCAGUGGCCUUGUGUGUCUGGCUGCUGGGACAGAAGGUAGAAAAGACAAAACCUCUUAUCAAGUCCCAGACCAAUCUUGAACCUACAACCCCAAGUCCUAGACCAGAAAGGAGCAUAACUGUUCCCACUGUCACAGUGACACCCCUUCUAAAAAGCUCCAGAAAUCCCCCAGUCAGUCUUUUCAGGGACCCACAAAGUGAGCAAAUGGCUUCUCCAGCCCCUGAGCCAGUGGAGAUAUGUGCUCCUUGCGAGACGUGGAUGAAUCUGGAUCCCAGUAUGGUCAAGUUCUGCCAACAAACCAACCCAACACUGAAGCACAACCAGUAUUGGGUGUAGACCGAAGGCUUUUGUUCCUGAUGGACCACCUACCGUACUGGGAUAGACACUGGGGUACAAAGGCAAAGAAAUGUUGGUUGGAUCAACUGAGAAAAGCCUGGCCCUGCCAGUUAGUCACUCAGUGCUCAGUUAUGGCCCCACAGAUGUGGGCAAGUGUUUACUGUAACUCGUACAACACUCAUCUGAUGGGCUUUCCAUAAUGAGCUCUGUCUGCCUUCUUCUGGACCUGACUCUAAGUAUAAGAUUUUAUCGAUAUUUAAAUCCUUUAUCAAGGUGCUACCAAACAUGCUGGUCCAACUGGAAACAGCAGUAUUAACUUGGGUGCUAAAGUUAAUGGAGGAAGCCUUUGGAUAUUUUCCACUAAGGAUUCACUCUCUCUAAGUGAGUCAGCAAGGAAAUGCAGGAACUGUUUCAGCAAGCAGAAAAGGUAAUUUAUCAAAUCAGC